AUGGGGCAGUGCUUGUCGGGAAGGCGCGGACGGGUCGGGACUUUGGCGGCAGCCGCCGGAGUCAUGGUUGGUGGCGAGACGGCCACUGCCGCACCUGGGGUGCGGCAGGUGGCGGCAGACUUCGCCGAGCAGUUCCGCUCCUACUCAGAGAGCAAGAAGCAAUGGAAGGCCUGCAUGGAAUUCAUCCUGCGCCAUCUGCCCGACUACCGUGACCUGCCCGACUACCGUGACCCGCCCGACGGUGGCGGCCGCCUGGACCAGUUGCUGUCCCUCUCCAUGGUCUGGGCCUACCACCUCUUCCUGGGCUGCAGUUAUAAUAAAGAUCUUCUAGACAAGGUGAUGGAGAUGGCUGAUGGGAUUGAAGUGGAAGAUCUUCCACAAUUUACAACCAGAAGUGAAUUAAUGAAAAAGCAUCAAAGCUAAGGCAGAAGAUUUACCACCUUUCCAUCACCGGCGGCAGGCAGAAAGAGGAAGCUGGGGUGACAGCAUGGCAGCUCUCAUGAUUCUUCCCAUUGCCAACAUAGAAGUUGGAAUGACAAGGAAUCAGCCUACAUGGGCCUUUAAAAGUCUGCAUUCCUCCCGUAGCUAUUGCUGCAAAAGUAUGCAUGGAUAUUUAUGUAUUUAAAAAUUGUCUAAUUCAUCAUUGUACA